ACGGUACAUUUAAACGCAAGUGCGCAGCGUGGAACAUAGACACACGCGCACUUCUUCCUGUUUUUUUUUUUAAAUCAUCAGUGUGCUGUUAUUAUUACAAUUAUUAUUAUUAUUAUUACUGUUUUUGCGUGGCUUAUGGGGGACAUGUCUCACGCGCAGUUAUCGAGCAUCGCCAUGGAGCGGCUGGUAGCCCGGAGGACCUUCCCCCUCCACAAGCGCACCAGCGUCUGUCGGAACCUCUUCGGACCGGUGGAUCACGACGAGCUGAGCCGGGAAAUGAGCGUCAAGAUGCGGGAGAUUUCCGAGCGCGACCGGCAGCGGUGGAACUUUAAUUUCGAGGACAACACCCCGCUGGAUGGAGACUACGAGUGGGUGGAGGUCUCCCCGGAUAACACCCCGGCGUUCUACCGGGGCUCGUCGCAGCUCAGCGUCCCCGCGACGCCCGUCAAGCAGCACCCGGACGCGCUGGAGCGACUGGCCGCGCCCGAGGGCAGCGACGGGGCGCCGGUGGAACCCAACCAGGAGAACCGCGCGGACAAACUCAACUCCCGGAGGCUGGCCCGCGCACGGGCCCCGUGCGGCGCACGGAGGACGACGACGACCGCCCCCGCGCACAUCACAGAUUUCUUCGCGAAGCGAAAGAGGGCCGCCGAGAGAAAGUGCGCGGAGCUGAGCCAACACUCCAAGUCUGCCAUUCCCGUGGAGCAAACCCCCAGGAAGAGAAUCCGUUGAAGGUGGAUUUUUGCACUACUACACCUUGUUUGAGGAAGGAACGAAAGUAGUGGGUGGACCAUAGCCGGCUGGUAUCCUCCUUUCCCCCCCCCUCCGGUCCCGUGGAGCAUCGCUGGCCGGACACCGGACCUCCUCCGUCGGCCUUUCAGACUGAACCGGUCGGGCUCUCGGGGUGGAGAAGGUGUGGCCGUUUUUUUUUUUUUUUAAAUUUUAUUUUAUUUUUCAAUUCAGUACAAAUGUAGCAUUGUUGCUGCCACUUGACAGUGUUAACCGUGUUUUAACAUCUGUGCAAUCCUUAAGGAGAAAAAAAAGAGACUUUAAAUUGUCUACACUGGCCAAAAGUGUACAGCUUUAUAGAGACAUCAGCCUGUAAAUGAAUAAUGUGUUGUUUGGUUAUAUUUCCUCCUGUAAAUGUAUAUUUUUAAGACUAUUUUAACUUAUAAUUUAUUUAUGUUUCUUUUGUACAUGUUACGUGAAUUAUUGAUCUAGCCUUACACGUUUAUUUUAUUAUUAUUUUUUUUUAAUUGGCGGUGUAUUUGCAAUCAUGUAUUGUACACUAUAGUUGCCUUUGUCUCUGAGCCAUUUUUACAACAACAAUAACAAAAAUGUUCUCCAUGCAAGUGCCCUCAUGGGUGAAACAAAAAAGAUGAGAAUAAAAUGUAUUUU